GCGCGCGCGUCUAUAUUACUGCACCGGAUCUCUGUGCAAGGCGACGCGCCGCUCGUCUUCAGCAGCACUCAAUUUCAGUCCAGAUCUCGGGCGGCGCUGGAAGCACCAACUUUUGAUCCUCUCUUUUAUCGGACUAUACUCGAAACAAAUAUGUUACGAGUUGGGAUCAUUCUCUUUCAUUGUCUCGUGUUGGUGUGCAGUGGCGCCUCUGUGGACAGGUAUGAAAGUGCCAAACCCAGUACAACAGUGGUCAACUUGAUUCACACUCUGGAGGAGACACGCACAACAGAACAUCAGCUGGACGAGACAUUUCAUGUGGAUGAUAAUGAAUAUGAUGAAGACUUUAUCUCUGGGGAUUAUGAACUUUACCAGCCAAGAGUGGCAUUUUCCACAAAACCCAAACAUCCGUCUAUGAUGCCCACUACUGAGAACAAGAGAAAAGGCAGAAGGAAGGGCAAAGGAAAAGGCAAGGGCAGGAAGAAGAACCCCUGCCUGAGGGAAUACAAAGAUUUCUGCAUUCACGGAGUGUGUCAUUAUCUGAAGGAGUUACAGUCUCAUACUUGUGUAUGUGAAGCAGGUUUCUCAGGGGAGAGGUGUCACCUGUUCACAUUAGCAGUAUCUAAAGAGGAACAGCGUUACAGCCGGACCACAGCCUUAGCUGUAAUGGCAGUGGUCUUGUCUCUUAUGUGUCUCACGAUCAUUGGUAUUCUCCUGGCACUAAGGUACCACAAAAAUAAUGAUGAUGAUGUGGAAAGUGAAGAAAAGGUCAAACUUGAGACAACCUCAGUAAAGUAGUCAUAAGGGAUAGAAGAAGGCUGAAACACCAAAUGAAGAUGACAUGACAGGAGUCUGAUAAUGUCUGUCAGGGUGUCUUCAUCCGAAAGGUUACACCCCAAAGGGAACUUGUACUCCCUCUAUGAUGGCUACCAACACUGGAAGAAUAUGCAGAGCAAUGACUUUCUCCGCAACAUAUUGAAGGGGGUGUUUGUGUAUUAAAAGGAACUGAAGUACAGAACAUGAUGAAUGUAGUGUCCCCCUUUUGCAUCAAGUUAUUGUUUGUGUCUUAUUUAUUUGAAAAAGUGUUUCUUGUAACUUGUAAUUAUUUAUUUAUGUAUAGUUAUUUAUUGUGAAAUGUAACAUUUUUUAAAAACUUUUUUAUGUUUUUAAUAUAUGAAUAUUUAUUAUUGAUGAAUACAAUCAAAUGACUGUUCUAAUAUUGUACAUUGUCUUUAAAAUCACAUAUUGCAUAGAAGACCCUGAGAUUAAUUUUAUAUAACCUAUACUGUGAAAAUAAAUACAGGUGCUUUAAAAAUACAGUCACACAAUCAGAGAAAUUAUGUGGAGGAAUGUCAGAGUCCCUUGGGUCUUGACAUUGUAUGCCUAUAGAGAAUUUGAAGCUGACGUCACGCUCUAUGUUGCAGUGGCACUGCCAUCUUGGGAGGAUCAUACUCUGCUGCUAUCAUUGUUUUGACAUCGACCAUUACUUGUUUUGUAUGAUAUUUGGAGAAAGUGAAAGUACCAGGGGCUUUUCGUGAACGACUCUGCGUAAUGCUAUUGCAGUUUUUAAAACAGCAAGAAUGACCUACCAUAGUUAUAUUUCCUAAUCAAAGAAGAAAAACAAAACACUGGAUUGAGCAGCGAUCCUCUCAAUAUGGCGCAACAUUCAACGCGGCGUGAUGUCGAUUAACAAGCUCUAUUGGGUCUUUUUAUGUAUUAAUGAGAAAGUGUAUCUUAAAUUAAGUGAAAUAAAACUGAAUAUAUUUGUCAAAGUAUUUCUGAUC